GACAUGAUGACCAUUAUAUCCGGUUUGCACAAGAACCAUGUGUAUGUACUUAGUCUUACGGUCGUUGUGCAGCCUCAAUAUAGUGUAUCAAAACACUAACUUUUCACUUGUAUGUAGCCUGCUUUAAACGCAAAAAAAUAUUUAUAGCAGUAUGUAGUUGGACGCUAUGGAAAUAGCGCUAAAAGGAGGCGGUACAUGUAUACCCAACGUUGCAGCCGGCCUGCGCAGGACAGGCUUCGUGCAUUAGGGCCGGACAAAGAUGGAUGCGAAGAGGAUACUCGAUGGGUUGGCCUCGCUGGAAGGGGUCAUCCUACCUUCGACGCCUCCGUCCCUGAACGAGGAGGCUCGGCGUUCCUCGUCGGACCGUAAUUUACAGAACACAGAUGGACUCUCCAGGAUUCCAGCGUAUAGCCAGCAGCAGCAGCGGUGUAGUAUGCCGACGGCUGGCCGGACGUCUGUGACCGACCCAUGUCCUUUCAUGGCACCUGGGUCGCUGCUGCCCGCCUCUGGCCCCACCCUCGCUUUCUUCCUCCAGUUACAACCCCCGCCACCAGACGGUAUUUCCACAGCAGUUCUACCGCCUCAUCCACAGCACCAAUCGGGCUCAUGGCUGUCCCGCCUCGCGGCUUGUGCCGAGCCGGCGCAGCGCCUGAUCCUACCGCCCGCUCCUCCGCCCAGCUCUCUGCACCGCACCGCGAACUCCGCGGAGGGCUCAGGCGGUUCCGUCCAGAUGGCGGCAUCGGCGGUCAACCCUCGCGCCCUCCGCAACGCCCUGCUGCUUCUCACCUUUAACUCGGGCGCAGCCACCCUAACGGCGCUCGCCAAGCUGCAUGCGGCGGCGACGGCCACGCAGGGCCGCGCCGCGCUAGCAGCUCUGCAGCCGGUGCCUCUGGUGGCGCGGGUGUUUGGGGAGGCGGUGGCGGCGGCGGACGCAGCCGGCAGCGAGCAGGCGGCGAUGGUGCUGCUGGCGCUGCUGGCGCAGGCGGGGCUGCCGAUGCCGGACGACAUCGCCAGGACGCUGGUCAUCCCCAUUGCCGUACGACUGCUGGGCGGCAGCUGCGCCGUCACAGCAGUGGCGGACGCCGCCGUCACUGCCGCCGCUGCUGCGGCAACUGCCAGCGGCACCCUCAGCAGCAGCAACCUGCACCUGCGGCUGCAGCAGCCCCAGCAGACGGCACACGAGCUUCCCUCCCCUUACCCGCACUUGCCGGGCCACCCGCCUCAGCAGCACCCCGCCUGCAGCGCACCCGCAUUCAUCGCAUCACCCCCCCUGGGCUGCCGCCUGGCGGCUGCGCGGCUGCUGCUGCACCUCGCCACCUCUGCCCCCAACGCCGUGCCGCUGCCACCCAACGGCGCAGCCCCCAGUCCGGGUCCGGGUGCGGUACGGGACUGCCUGGUUGCGGCCCUCAGCGCCUGAGCUGCUGCUGAGCACGCUGCGGCUGCUGGCGGCGCUGACGGCGGACGUGGCGGGGUGGCCGUGGGAGUGGCCGGUGGUGCGUGCUGCGGCCGUGGAGGGCUGCGCGCGGCAUGCGGUGGCGUUGAUGCAGCUGCUGGCGGGCGAGGAGGCGGGCGGGGGCGGGAGCGGGACGGAGGGGGCGGCGGAGGGACACAGCAGGCCUAGGAGCUCUGGUGCAGGUGGAGGCGGGAGUGACGAUGCCGGCGGAGAAUCGGCGUUGGCGGCGGCGACGCAUGCGGCUGCUCGGGACGUGGUGGUGAACCUGGCUCGGGGGCCGCUGUUGGUGCGGGAGGCACUGCUGCGGGCGGGGGUGCUGUCGCCGGUGGCGGAGGCGAUCAUGAUGUGGCCGCCGCCGGGGGCCUGCGUGAUGCCGGCGGGGGCGUCGGGCGGGCUGGGCCAGGGCUCCUUCUCCGCGGGGUCGUCGGGCGGGCUGGGGGGCCCCUCCCGGCGGCACUUCUCGCUAUGCCUGGGUGUGCUGAUGAACUUGACGGCGCUGCCCGGGGUGCGCGCGGCGCUGGGCUCCUCCGCGCUGGCGCCGCUGCUGGGGCACCUGCUGGACCUGGU